GGGUUCGAAAAAAGUUUUCUUCCGGCUUUGCCAUUUUUCUUUCUAUGUUCUUUGUUAUUAAACAAUGGAGUAGAAGCAUCCCACAAAGUUUACGUGCAUUUACAAUCCAUUUCUGCCGAAACCGUCAAGGACUUGCAUAGAACUGGCUACCAUUUUCAACCCACAAAGCAUUGGAUCAAUGAUCCAAAUGGUCCAAUGUAUUUCAAUGGAGUAUAUCAUUUGUUCUAUCAGUACAAUCCUAAAGGUGCUGUGUGGGGUAAUAUUGUUUGGGCGCAUUCCGUGUCUAAGGAUUUGAUCAACUGGGAAAGAUUAGAGCCCGCAAUUUUCCCAUCAAAACCAUUUGAUAAAUAUGGGUGUUGGUCUGGAUCAGCCACAGUCCUCCCUGGAAACAAGCCUGUGAUUCUCUACAGUGGAAUCAUCGACGAAAAUAAAACACAGGUUCAAAACUAUGCAGUGCCUGAGAAUAUUUCUGAUCCAUAUCUCGUGAAGUGGAACAAACCAGAUAACAAUCCAUUGAUCGUAGCUGAUAAACACGUCAACAAAACUGCAUUCCGAGACCCUACGACAGCAUGGUUGGGCAAAGAUGGUCAAUGGAGAAUCACUAUUGGCAGUAGGAAGAAGGAAAAAGGGAUUUCAUUAUUGUACAAGAGUAAAGAUUUCAUGAAAUGGACUAAGGUGAAAAAGCCAUUGCACUCUGUUCAAGGAACUGGAAAUUGGGAAUGUCCAGAUUUUUUCCCCGUCUCAAAGCAUGGUACGAAAGAGUUAGACACUUCUGUUAUAGAAGGGGAUAUUAAGCAUGUAAUGAAGAUUAGCCUCGAUGCUACUCGAUAUGAUUAUUACACUUUAGGUACGUAUGACACAGAAAAAGACAGGUACAUUCCUGAUAAAGACAUGGUUGAUGGAUGGAAGGGCUUGAGGUAUGAUUAUGGCAAUUUUUACGCUUCCAAAUCGUUCUUCGAUCCUGCUAAGAAUCGAAGAAUCUUGUGGGGUUGGGCAAAUGAAUCCGAUCCAGUUGACGAUGAUGCGAGAAAGGGAUGGGCCGGAAUCCAGCUUAUUCCACGUACCAUUGUGCUCGAUCCCAAUGGCAAGCAAUUGUUACAAUGGCCCGUUGAAGAAUUGGAAACUCUUAGAGGAAAGAAGGUAGAAUGGUCCGAUAAGAAGCUCGAGAAGAAUGAUCGCAUCCAAAUUGAAGGAAUAUCAGCUGCUCAGGCUGAUGUUGAGGUGACAUUUACAUUUAAAAGCUUGGACAAGGCGGAGCCAUUUGAUCCUAGCUGGGAUAGAUAUGACGCCGAGAAGCUUUGCGGCCAGAAGGGAUCGACCGUUCAAGGCGGGCUCGGACCAUUUGGACUAUUAACACUGGCUUCAGAAAAUCUAGAAGAAUACACUCCAGUCUUUUUCAGGAUUUUCCAGGAUAAAGAGGACAAAUAUGUAGUUCUCAUGUGUUCUGAUGCAUCCAAGUCCUCGUUAGAGGACAAGGAAAAUAUGUAUAAACCGUCUUUUGCAGGCUUUGUCGACGUCGACCUAACAGACAAGAAGCUUUCUCUAAGGAGUUUGAUUGAUCAUUCCGUGGUGGAAAGUUUUGGUGCUAAAGGAAAAACAUGCAUUACAUCUAGGGUUUAUCCCACUAUUGCAAAAUACACUCAUGCUCAUUUAUAUGCAUUCAACAAUGGGACUGAGACUAUUGAAAUUGAGAGCUUGAAUGCUUGGAGCAUGAAAAAUCCCCAGCUGAUGAACCAGUGAGAGAUGAGCUACAAAGGAGAAAUUAAGAGAGAGAACCCAUGAUUUUUUUCUCAGCACAAUUCUUUAUUUUUUGUUUUUUAAAUUGGAUACACCUCUAUUAUUAUUAUUUCAUUUUCCAUUAUAGUAUAAAUGCACCGAUAUUCUUUU